AUGCUUCCUUGCUUAAUUAUUUUCUUUUAUUUACUUUCUUUUUGCUUUUAUUUAUUUUCUCACUUUCUUUUUUUUUCUUUUAUAUAUUUUCUUGCUUUCUUUUUUUCUUGUAUUUCUUUCCUUGCUUUCUUUCUUUUAUUUAUUUCUUCAUUUACUUUUUCUUCUUUUAUUUAUUUGCUUGCUUUCUUUUUUCUUUUAUUUCUUUCCUUGCUUAUUUCUUCUUCUUUUAUUUACUACAUUGCUUUCCUUUUCUUCUUUUAUUUAUUACCUUGCUUUAUUUUUCAAUAUUCAUUGUCUGUUCAUCAUGUUUCUUCUUUUAAUCUUCCUUUCUUUUUUAUUUCUUUUCCUCUUUUCAAUUCACUUUCUUCUCUUCCUCUGAAACAUUUUCCUUUUCCCACUGAUUCUUUCUCCAAUAAUUCCCUUUCAAAUAUUCAACUGCAGAGAAAGGAUCAUGGGAAAUUUGGAGCCAACAGUCUACAUGAGAUUUCAUUAUUACUAUUAUUAUACUUUUUCUUCCUCUUCAUUAUUAUUAUAAUCUUUUCCUCUUCUUUUAUCUUCUUUUCAUUCUUCUACUUCUUUUUCUUCUUCUUCUUAUUUGACUCUCUCUUUUCAUUCUUCUUCUACUUCUUUUUCUUCUUCUUCUUAUUUGACUCUCUCUUUUCAUUCUUCUUCUACUUCUUUUUCUUCUUCUUCUUCUUAUUUGACUCUCUCUUUUCAUUCUUCUUCUACUUCUUUUUCUUCUUCUUCUUCUUAUUUGACUCUCUCUUUUCAUUCUUCUUUUUUUCUUCUUCUUAUUUGACUUCUUCUUCUUCUUCUUAUUUGACUCUCUUAUUUGACAUUCUUCUUCUACUUCUUUUCUUCUUCUUCUUAUUUGACUCUCUCUUUUCAUUCUUCUUCUUCUUCUUUUUUUCUUCUUCUUCUUAUUUGACUCUCUCUUUUCAUUCUUCUUCUUCUUUUUUUUUCUUCUUCUUCUUUUUUAUCUCUCUUUUCAUUCUUCUUCUACUUCUUUUUCUUCUUCUUCUUAUUUGA